CGGCGGACGGUCCCGCGGUCCUGCCUGGCCGGGGCCGCACUGCGCCGCCCGCCGCCCGCCGCCCGCCCGCCAGCCGCCGGCGACGGCACCGCCGCCCUACGAUCCACCCGCGGCGGCUCAGAGCGCGGCUGCGGCGGGCGCGGGCGGCGGCGGCUCCCUCCCUUGCGUCCAUCGUGGGACCUUCGCCCGCUCGCCCGCGGGGGACAGCGCGCGCUCCGACCCGCGGCAGGGGCGGGGACGCCCGGCCUGUGGCCCCGCGCCCCUCAUGAUGUAGCUGAGGCUCGGCCAGGGACAGUGAUAGACCCACAUCCCCGGAACUAGGUGAUCGCGGUGCAGGAACCAGGUGUGCCUUCGCGGGAUCCAUGCCUUGAGGCCCAGGAGCGCCCCGCCGCCAGCAUGCCGUGGGACGCGCGGCGGCCUGGGGGUGGCGCGGACGGCGGGCCCGAGGGCCCGGGCGCGGCGCGCUCGCGGGCGCAGAAGCAGUGCCGCAAGUCGUCGUUCGCCUUCUAUCAGGCGGUGCGCGACCUGCUACCCGUGUGGCUGCUGGAGGACAUGCGCGCCAGUGAGGCCUUCCACUGGGAUGAGCGCGGGCGCGCCGCCGCCUACUCGCCUUCUGAGGCGCUGCUCUACGCGCUCGUGCACGACCACCAAGCGUACGCGCAUUACCUGCUGGCCACGUUCCCGCGGCGCGCGCUAGCACCGCCCAGCGCCGGCUUCCGCUGCUGCGCGGCUCCCGGGCCGCACGUGGCGCUGGCAGUGCGCUACAACCGCGUGGGCAUUCUGCGGCGCAUCCUUCGCACCUUGCGCGACUUCCCGGCGGAGGAGCGGGCGCGCGUGCUGGACCGUCGUGGCUGCAGCCGCGUGGAGGGCGGUGGCACGUCGCUGCACGUGGCCUGCGAGCUAGCGCGCCCCGAGUGUCUCUUCCUGCUGCUGGGCCACGGCGCCUCGCCCGGCCUGCGCGACGGUGGCGGCCUCACGCCUCUCGAGCUGCUGCUGCGCCAGCUGGGCCGCGACGCCGGGGCCACUCCCUCCGCCGCCGGAGCCCCGACCUCAGCUCCAGGGGAGCCGCGCCAGCGCCGCCUGCUGCUCCUGGAUCUCCUGGCGCUGUACACCCCGGUGGGCGCCGCCGGCUCGGCCCGCCAGGAGCUGCUGGGCGACCGGCCGCGCUGGCAGCGGCUGCUGGGCGAGGACAAGUUCCAGUGGCUGGCGGGCCUGGCGCCGCCUUCGCUCUUCGCGCGCGCCAUGCAGGUGCUGGUCACUGCCAUCUCUCCAGGCCGCUUCCCCGAGGCCCUGGACGAGCUGCCGCUGCCCCCAUUCCUGCAACCGUUGGACCUCACCGGCAAGGGCUAGGCCCGGAGCAUCCUACGCACUGGAUUUUGGGACAAAACUAUUUUUCAGAGCGUUGUACCCGGCACUUUAUAUAUAUUGAUCUCUGUAUAGCACAAU